UUGGAUAAAAAAGGUAAUAAUUGAGGGAACAAGUGUUUGGAGCGUUAAGAAAAAGAAGAAGAAGAAGAUAAGUGAGUGGAUUGAGGGUCGUGAUUGGUUGGUUACAAGGAAUUUUAAUCAACACCCCCAAAACGGCAACCCGUCGUCGUCUUCGUGGUGGUGUUGCUGGGGCUCCGCCGUGCGCCGCGAGAAAUCGCGUGAAAUUUCGUCAUUAUCAUCGUCAUCGACGGGAACAACUGCGGGAGGAGUGUCAUCGGUUUCAGGGACAGGAAUACCCUCGGCGUCAUCUCUGUCAUCAUCACCAUCGCCAUCGUCAUCAUUUACACCUUCAAAACGACAACGCAACUGCAACUGCGAAAUGGAAGAAAAGUCAUCGGCACGCUUCUCUGAGUAUCUUUUCGCGAAGAUGGGCGGGCAGGACGUAUCGGCCUCCCAGGGGCCCCGCAAGGUGACAGCUGACACCAGGAAGUGGAUCAGGGAAAAUAUGCUUUUGCUGGUUACGCUAUCCGGAGUUGUGCUCGGUGUCGUUUUAGGAUUCGGAUUACGACCACUAGGACUUAGUGAUGACACCGUUAUGUUAAUUAGUUAUCCUGGUGAACUAUUUAUGCGAUUACUAAAGCUCAUGAUUUUACCACUAGUUAUCGCAAGCUUAAUUUCUGGUUCGGCGAGUUUAAAUGCCAAAAUGAAUGGCAAAAUAGCUGUAAGGACUCUAGUGUAUUUUAUAUUGACGUCGUUGUUAAAUGCAAUAUUGGGAGUCGCACUGGCGUUAUUAAUUCAUCCGGGUAAUUCGGGCAUGAAGGAUUCCAAUGCGAUUUCCACUCAUCCUAGGGCUGUUAAUAUUCUGGAUAGUCUUUUGGACUUAGGAAGAAACAUGUUUCCAGACAAUUUAUUCCAAGCGGCAUUUCAACAAGCGCACACUGUUUACGAACGGAAAAAAUUACCAUUGCAAAACGACAGUGAUAGAGUCGUUGAAUCAACAGCUGAAACUGGAGGAACUGUUAAUCCUGAAGAGUUAGUACGUGUUAUACAGUACAGAAGUGGUACUAAUACACUGGGAAUCGUAUUUUUUUGUUUGGUGUUUGGCACAUUUUUGGGGACACUUGGAGAAAAAAAAGGACAAGUUGUUAUCGAUUUUUUUAAAGCUGUUUUUGAAGUUAUUAUGCGGAUGGUUUCAACUGUGAUGUGGAUGACACCAAUUGGUAUAACAUCGGUGAUAGCCGGUAAAAUACUCGGAGUUGAUGAUCUAGCUCUAGUGAUGGCCCAACUAGCCUGGUUUAUCGUCACCGUAGUCAUCGGUGUAUUCUUUUAUCAGCUGGUGAUAAUGCAACUUAUUUAUCUGGCAUUCGUACGCAAGAAUCCCUUUAAAUUCUACGCCGGACUGGCUCAAGGGACAUUGACAGCAUUCGCCAUGGCAUCAACGGCUGCCGCAUUACCUGUCACCUUUCGUCUGAUGACCGACAAGCUACGAGUUGACCCCCGGGUUACGCGAUUUGUCCUUCCGAUUGGGUGUAACAUCAAUAUGGACGGUACUGCGCUGUUUGUUGCGAGUGCAAGUAUUUUUAUUGCGCAGAUGAAUGGAAUUUUUUUGGGAUUUGGUGAAAUCGUAACUGUUAUAUUAACAUCAACAGCGGCAAGUGUAUCAUCAGCAUCAGUACCGAGUGCUGCAUUAGUAUUAUUACUUGUCGUAUUAAGUGCUAUUGAUGCACCGGUACAAGAUGUAUCACUUUUAUUUGCUAUUGACUGGUUUGUAGAUCGUGUAAGAACAACCAAUAACAUGUUGGGUGACUGUUAUGCGGCAGCUGUAGUUGAACAAUUAUCUAAAAAAGAAUUAAUGGCUUUAGAUGCAGCUGCUUAUCAAUCGGAAACAGUUUUACCAGCAACAAUAGCCAAUGGUUGUUUAUCAGCAAAUAGAGUACCAGAUCCGGACACAAUUGUUGUAGAAAUGCAAGACGAUACAAGGAUAAGCCCCAUCGCCAAUAUUUCAAGCCUUCCAGUACAGUUAACAAGGAAUGUGAUAGAAGAAACUGUCUGACUAAUAAUUACAAGGCAAUGUGAUUACAAAUGUGACAAUUAUUAAUUUAUAAAUUAAUAAUUAAGAUAAUAAUUGAAUUGUGACGGCAGUUUUAAAUUUUUUCGUGGACUCAAUUUUAAUUGGAUAACUGAGGAUCGUAAUUAGUAACAAUACUUAAUUAUUAAGUCCACAUAUAAUAAUAAUAAUAAUAAACCGCGCCAGUUAACAGACAAAUAACUAUGAUACAACCAACCAACCAAACAAACUAAUAAUUGACUGGAUUUAUUGUAUUUAAUAAAAAAAAUCCACCAUUUUUUUUAGUCACAUUAAGUAGGGUAAAAAUUUAACGUAAUGUGUAUAAUUGUAUGAUAAUUAAUAAUUGUAUUUGUAUAAUUUACCAAAGGCAUAUCGAUUUAAAGUUCGUAGUUGAUGUAGAACGAGGUUCAUUUUUUUUCUUGAGGUUUCGAGUUUGUAAUUAAGCAUCGCGGGUAUGUUUAAUUUUUUUUAUGAUUAUCAGAAAUUAUCAGAUUUAUUCCAUGACAUUUUUUUUCAUAAUCUAGAAUUUACUGGUACUGAUAUUUAACUAGAGUCAAAAGGGCGGUGGAAUUUUUUUUUUUCAUUGAAAAUUGUAAAGCUUAAUAUUUGUUUUGAAAAAAAACAAAAACUAUCAAACGUCGGCUAACUUCAGUUUCAUUGUUUGAUGGCCCUGAAGUUAACAGACAAUUUUACGAUUUUUUUUUCGACUCAUAAAUUCCAAAAAAAAAUGAAAAACCAAAAAUAUGCACAUGUAGAAAAUCAAAAAAACUACAGGUGCAAUUUUUUUAAAUAUUUUUUUUUUUAUUUAUAAUUUUGAAAAAGAACAAAAAUUAUCAGACGUCGGCUAAGUUCAGUUUCAUACAUUUUGAGGGAGUUUUAUUAAUUGAAACGUCUCUAACUUUUUAAAUAUUGAUUGUAUGAAAAUUUUUAUAGAUUAUAAAAUUAUAGGAAAUUUAAUGAGCUACAAAAAAGUAUUGAUGUGUUUUGUUGAUAUUUUUGAUCGUUUUUGAGAUAUCUUAUUUUUAUAGGCAUUAUUAAUAAUGAGUGUGAAUAUAGCUGACAUCAGACAAAUUUAAAAUUAUUAAUAAAUAAAGUAAACGAUUAAUAAAACAAAAUUUAAAGAAAAUGCACAUUUAAAAAAUUUUGAAAUUAAUGAGUGCAUUUUUUAUAAAUAUUAUUUUUUUAAUUAUUUACUCUAUUUAUUUAGAAUUUUAAAUUUGUCUGAUGUCUGCUAAUAUUUUUUUUUUUUCUGCGAAUGUAAUUGGUAUUUAGUUAAAUUCUAGUAUUUAAAACUGUAACUGCUUUAAUUGGUCAUUGAUAACUUCUAUUUUGGAAACAAAAAUUUUUGAAAAUAAAGAACGCCUUUUUUAUCUGGGGACGAAAUCUUGUUAAUUGGGAACAAAACUCGUUUAAUUGGGAACAUCAUUUUACUUUUAUGAAAACUUUGUUAAUUUUAAAUGGAACUUUUUUUAUGAAAACGAUUGUUUUUAAUUUGGCCCCGAAAUUACUCUGAUUGGUAACAGAUUUACUGUAUUUUAGUCAAAUUUUUUUAAUUGGCCCGAACUCUCUAAAGGAUACGAAACUCCUUCAAUCGGUAUUGAAAUUCCCUUUAUUCUAUUGGGGUUCCUUCAAUGGAGGAUGAAUAGAAUAUUUCAAAUUGAGUUCAAAACCUCAUAAAUAGAAUAUGGAAUUCUAGCAAUCAGAGCUUUUCUUUUUGAAUUUGAUUUAAGCUCUUUCAUUAGAAGCAUAAAAUCUGUAAUAGAAUACAGAACUUUUCCUCUGGAAAAUGAAAAUUUUUUAAUGGAACAUAGAACUUUUCUAUUAGGGUUGAAACUCCUUUAAUCAGAUCCCAGUUUCUUAAAUUUCCAUUGUUUAGGAGCAUGACUUUUUGAAUCGUGUUCAGAGAUUCUUGAAUUAGGAUACAAACUCCUUUAAUUUAACCGAAGUUCUUUAAAUUGGAGGCAGAUCUCCACUAAUUAAAAAUUGGGCUCUUUAAAUUAUUCAUUAAGUUCUUUAAUACAAUACAGAACUUAUUUAAUUAGUAACAGAACUCUUUCAAUUAAUAACAGAGCUCUAUUUUGUAAAAAAGAUCAUCUGUUGUCUAUACCCUGGCGGAUCCAAAUUACGGUAAAUUACAGUAAUUACCAUAAUUUACGGUAUUUGAUAGACUUUUACGGUUAUUUUACGGUAAAAAUUCGGUACUUUACAGUAAACGUAUGGUAUUCUUACUGUAAAUUUGCGAUGAAGAAACGGUGAUUUACAAUAAAAUUUCAGUGAGUCUGCGGUAUUUUACCGUAACCGAAAGUAUUGUACUGUAUUAUAAACUCCCUAGCAGAUCCGAAUUACGGUAAAUCACCGCAAUUUACGCCAUUCAGUAGAAUUGCCGCAAAUUACUGUAAAAACGCGGGAAUUUACGGCAAAUUACGACAGGUUGCGGUAAAAUACCAUAAUUUGCGGUAAAAUUACGAUAAACCCCGUAAGCUUUGCGGAAAUACUGCGGUAUUUUACCAUAAUUUACGGUAUUCAGAAGAAUUACCGUAACAUACGGUAUUUUAUUGUAGAGUAAGGGAAAUUACGGCAUUUUUUGGUAAAAUGGGUAAUUUACCGUAAUUUGGAUUUGGUAGGGCUGUAAAAAUAAAAAAAAACACGGUGCUUAAGGUCAAAAUGUCGAAAAUUACAGUAUUGUACCGCAAUUCGCUGUAAAAUAUCGUAAAUUACCGUUAAAUGCGCAUUUAAAUUACCGCGCGGUAAUUUAGCGUAAUUUGGAUCCACCAGAGUAAUGAAUCAGUUCUUGCAUUUCAAAGCGGAACUUCUAAAUGUAAAGAAAAAAAAAUACAAUAAUUUUCUUAUUAAUUAAAUAAAUACUGACUCUAGUUAAAUAAUAAAUUACCUACUUAACAUAAAUUUUUUUGUUUUUUUAGUAUCGACUAUUAAUUAAUUAUUUAUUAUAAUUAUUUAAAUAAUUGUCGAUAUUAUCGAGGUGCCUUAUUUCAAUACGCCGACAAUAAAAAAAGGCGUGAUGAAAGUAAGCAAUUAUUAUCAUUAUUUUAAAUAUAAUUUUUCAUUAAUUGUCUCAAUAUACUAAAUAUGUAAUAUAAUAAUAAUUAAUAUAUAUAUAUUUAAUAUCAUAUAUGGUGCUUAUAGAUAGUUAUAGGUAACCCACUUUGUUUUUUUUGUUUGUUGAAACAAAUAAAAUCAAAACUAAAUGUAAAUUUUUUUUUCUCCAAUUAAAAAAGUACGAAAGUUUAAAAGUUUAAAUUGAAAUGAAAAAAAAAAAUUAAUUCAACGAAAUUAUUGGCGGCUGAUUAAUUAUUAAAAUUUGACUGAUGAAAAUUAGUGAUAAUAAUAAAAAAAAUUAAUGAACAAUUGUAAUUUUUGUUGGUGGAAAAAACAAGGUAAAAUUUUUUGAGAAUUGUAAGACUGCCGUUGAAAAAAAAAUAAUAAUUAAUGCGAUUCAAUAAAAAUUUUUGUGAAAUUUACUCGAUAACAAAAACAUUUUUGAUUGAUAACAGAAAUCGGUAAAAAAAGAAAGAUUUAAAUCCACAAUUUGUUUAAAAAAAAAUUAAUCAAGUAAUUAAUGACUUUUAAUUUGAUUAAUGCGAACCAAAAGAAAGCGUGAUUUUAAAAUUUUGAAUAUCAAUUUUAUUUAACUGAUAAAAAAAAUAAAGACAUUUAUCAGAAUAAAAACGAGUGAAUUUAAAAGGUGGAAAGAAAUAAAAAUAAUAAUAAUUAAUAUUAAAUAUUCAUGAAACAUUUUUGCAUCCUUUACAUCCGCAUUGUAUAAUACGCUUAUAGUAAAAGUAAUCGAACCUCGUCCAUUCAUAAAAUAAUUAAAAAAAAAAAAACAUCUCAUUAAUAAAAUGGAAAGUAAUUUAACUAUUAGUGAUAAUUGUAUGACAGAUAAAUAAAUUCACAAAACAAUACAAAAUAUAAUAAAACACAGCCAUAAAAACAUGCCCAUAAUAAUAAUUAAUAUAUAUUAGAGUGUUUAUAAUUAUACAAAUAAGUCAAUAUCAUAGAUUGUUUAAAGGGUACAAACUGUUCACUGUAUUUGCAAAUAAUAAUUAAUUAUAAUUAUAAAUUAAAUAUAAAUAUUAAUAGUAGAGUAAUUGGAAAGAAAAUAAAAUUACGAGGUUCUAUGGAUUUACAGUCCGAUUGGCGAGGGAUUGAAAUUCGUGUUCCAUAAGUUAAAAAUAUUCUUAUACGACCACCCCCACCCCCUGAUUUUUAAAUUUAUUUAAUGACCUUGAGUAUUAUUUCAAGUAUUAAAAUUUCAUUUAUUAAUUAAAGAAAAGAAAUAAAGCACUAGUUGAAAAAUAAAACCUUAUAUGAACUUUUAUGGUGCAGGAACGAAAUUAAACGCAGAGAAUAUAAAUUUAAAUGAAGUUGUAGAAUUUCAAAAAAUUUCCAAAUGUUUGCUAUUUUGCAUAGAAAACAAGACACCCGAAUGUUAAUCUCUCGUAAAUCGGACUACAGAUAUUUGUCUUUUGGGGGUUAGUUCACCUUUGAUUGGUUAACGGGUAGAGGGAGUGGGGAAGGAAACAAGAAACAAUAGUUUCGGUAUUUGCUUUGUGAUGACUUAUAACCAUAACUUUUAUGAUUAAUUGAAAUUAUUUUUCUUAUCAUAGAUAAUUUAAAGGUAUUGGGUGCUAUGAGCUGAAGCUCGAUUCGAAUUUUUAUUUUGACCAUCAAAUAACAAAGUUAUGAUAAUAAUUAAUAGUUAUCAUUAUGAUUAAUAAAUUAAAUAAUUAAUUAUAGAAUUAAUGAUAAUAAUUGUAAAUUAGCGAGUUUGUAUUUGAAAUUGAAUAAUUUUUUUUUGUGAACUUAUGUGUUUAUGUAACUAAAAAAUAUCAAAUUAUUAAAAAAAU